UAAUUAUUUUCCCCUUCUUAUCAUUACCAUUGUGUAUGUUAAGCAGUAAUUGUUCAUAUGUUCACGUUUUUUGUUUACUCCAUUCAAACUGUGUUUGUAGUGUCAAAAGUACAGAAGUUAGUAGUAAAUGUUUGGUAUAGCCUAGGCACUGGAAAAGUAAGCCAAAUUUGUGUACAUAGUCCCCAUGUCUGCUAUACUAACGACCUAAUAAAUCCACAUCAGAUGGAUUCAGCUGACUCCAUAGCCGACAAGGCAAUUGGAAGGAUGCAAGAGAUUUCGGACAAGAUAUUUUCCGUAGCGAGGGAAACAAUCCGUCCUGGGCGCGGAUUGACCUCAUUUGAUGCUACCAAACUACGUGUAGCUUUGGAGGAGAUAGCUUGCAUGCUGGAGCAAGACUCUCUGGUGUUGCAAGAGCAUUUGGACAUCGUGAACAACUUUAACAUCCCGGUUGACAGCAGCUAUGAACCUUCUACCUUGUCGUCACCACCCCCCUCUGACGACGACCUGACUCCACAUUGGGACUUUGCUGAGCAUUUCCAAAACUUCUGGGGGGUUGAAUAUGACUCCGAUCAGAUGCCUUCGUUUAGUGACAACGAUGUUUAAGGUAGAAGGGAGUGAACCUUGGAGUUAGGUGUUUCAAUAACAUGGUUGAGUCCGUUAGCUUUUGUGCACUAAGUGCGUAGGGAAACAGGGAAUCAGUUAGUUCUUUUGGUUCAUGGGCUCGUGUACAUGUGUUCCCUGUCAUUUUGUCUCCAGUACCAGUUUAUUUAUGGUUCUCGUUGUGUAAUUAUGCAAAUUGGAAUCUUAGUACUUAUGGUAUUAUGUGAACAUAAUAUGGCCAGUAUAUUCUUCAUCUUUGUUGUUGUUUUUAAUCCGAAAACAGUACGGAUUUUGAACACUAUACACUUCUUAUGCACUAGAUGGACAAGUCCGGCAAAGUUAUUGCAAAGUGGGAUAGUAGAGCAACAAAAAUUUACACAGAAAUUUGUGUAGAAGAGGUAAAUGCUCGGAACAGGCCACAACAAUUCCUAAAUGCCGAAGGGUAUGCUAACCUCAUAAGGAAGUUUAAGGAACGCACUGGGCGCACUUACACCAGGGAUCAAAUGAAGAAUAGGUGGGAUUCGUUGAAGAGAAUGUUCACCCAGUGGAAAACUCUGAAUGAUAGGGCUACAGGUCUUGGUCGAGACCCUCAUACUGGUUCAAUCAGUGCCCCAGAUGAGUGGUGGGCCAAGCAAAAUGAAGCAAUGCCAGGCUGUAUUAUGUUCAAAACAGCCCCCCUAGAGAAUGAGGACGAGCUAAAGGUUAUGUUUGGACCAAUUGUGUGCACAAAUGAAAGAACCCUGGUGCCCGGCGUCGAGGAUGCUAAUUCUUCUUCUGAUGAUCAUUUGGAAUACACUUUAGGUGGGGGUGAAAACAGCACACCUGACCCCUGCACUAAUGCUACUGGCAAGCGUAAGUUGCGACAUGAUUCCCCUAAACCAAAGAAGAAAAAAGAUUCGAGGGAAGAGUACAUGAAAAGACUUGUGGCGGCUUUUGAGUCCCGCUCAGUUACCACAAACAAGUCUAUUACCUCUUCUGACAAUGACCCGGUUCGCUUAGAGAUUAAAAAGCAGCUGAUGCAAGUGAAGGAAGAUGGAUCACCUGAAGGGAGCGAAAUACAUUUGUUUGCCACGCAUCUUCUGAUUCAUAAGAAGUAUAGAGAUGUUUUUGCAAACUUGGAGACAAAGGAAGGAAGAAUCGCUUGGCUUCGCAAUGCUUACGAGUUAGAAACUAAAAAGAGCAACUAGCAGGUGGACGUGGGACAACUGAGUCGUACAUGUUUACUAUUAUCGUUGGUUGUGUUUGUCAUCGGACACCUUCAGCCGUAUUUGUUGAGUAUGUCAGUUGUGUCUGCUUAAUGAGUCCUGUCGUGUCAGUUUUCGUUAGUAUCAUUUUCGCUUUGAAACAGUUUUCCACAAAUUCGAGUUGAACAUGUAUGACAAUAAUCAGAGUUGUAACUUUGUUACCUAUGUGAAUCUGUGAACAAUUUCGUAUGA